AUGGCUCAAGCGGUGCUCCCAGACGAUAUCUUACAUCUCUUAUGCGAGGAACUCGCCAGCCAGGAGCAAUUUGAUACCCUCUUCAACUGCGCUUGUGCGAGCCGCGCCCUUGCCGUCCCUGCGUUAACUCAACUGUACAAAUCUCACCAUCUUGCACCGGUUCGGGGUGGCGGGGAAGAUCUCUACGGUUUACCGGCCGCCACUAACCUACUUACUAUCCAGAAAUGGUCCAUCUUAUGGCGGUCCAUUGUUGCCUCGAGCCUUGGCGCCACUCUUUUCCCAUAUUGUCGUUAUAUCAGAUCGCUUGACUUCCGCGAUCUCGGUUACCUUCUCGAAGAUGACCAAUUCCGAGCCAAGAUCUCAAAACAAUUCUUCGCUGGCCCACUGAAGCAGUUUGAGAAGACAGAGACCCUGACGAACAUCAAAGGCAGGAAGUUUACGCGAAUCAAGACAGCGGACGUCAUCGAUGCCAUUGGUGAAGUGGUGACACAACACACGCCCACUCUCGAGGUGAUUAGUGGAGAACUUCAACCUGGUGCUCUUGUACGAUGGACACCGCGUCUCCCACGGCUACAAAGCCUCGAACUAUGGGAUGGCAAGCCACUGGAAGACGAGCUAGUCCACGCAUCCAUCUACGAGCAUUGCCCGCACUUCAAUUCUCUGAUGAUCUACACAUGGCGCUCUACUAACAAUGACCAAAAGUUUGCCAAGUUCCUUUCCUCUAUGCGACCUAAUACGCUGCAAACGCUACAAACCAUUAGCGAUGUUGAAGCAGGCGCCGAGACGUUCCUCGCACUGAGUAAUCAUGGAAAAUCGCUCGAAGAUCUUCGCCUAUGUGUGACCAAAGACUCAAUACCGCACCUGGCUCUCCUAAAAGGAUGUACGGCUUUGAAGACAUUGCGAAUCGAAGAUAUGCAUGGCACCGUUGACCUCGAGGCAACCGAAAACGACGUCUUCCUUGAAACCAUAUCAUGGCUGCAAAAGUGUUCAAACCUCCAGCGUCUCAGCUUCUCUAAACUACAGUCCGGAGCCGCCAUUAUUACCCCUGUGCUAUUGGAGGAAAAGAUUCAACUCAGCAGUUUAGAGAUAGACUCCUACACGCUCAAAGACCACAAGUCGUUCCAUCAGGCUCUUGUGCAUCAACAGUCUUCCCUACGAGUAUUGUUCCUGAGUGGCGACACAGAAGGCAUGUUUCGCGACGAUCUUGAUAUUCUUGUUGAAUCUUUGAGGCAGCUCCGCCAAUUGCGCGAUUUGCACCUGAUCCUUCCGGAGGUAUUGCGCGACGAUCAUCUCAAAACCAUUGUCGCCGAUCUCGUCCUGCUCGAAGACUUGUACGUCAGCGGGUUAGAGCUCAACGACGACGUACUUCCACAUCUAGCCAGCCUGCCCAAUCUCCGCACCGUCACAAUCUCCGGUAUCUCAAAGUUCACCAUGGAUGGCUUGUUGGAUUUCAUAGACAGGUUGGGCCCGGGGAACCAAGGUAUUCGUCUGUCUGUCGACAUGGCAGAUACGGAUACCCUGCUUCCAGACGAGCAAUUAGCUCUAGUAAAAGAUAACUUGAUGGAGAAAGCCAGUGGCACCUUUGAGUACAUGGCACUAAGAGACCCAAAUGUACCUGAAUUCGAGAGUGAUUCCGACUAA